GAGUGCUUGUGUGGCAGAGGGAAGAUUGCAUCUGAGUGACACUGUGCUACUUUCUUAUAUUUUUUGAAGGCGUGACUUAAGUUGCCAUUCUACAACGAGAAUACAUGUGUUUAUACACGUACUAAUAUGUUAAUUAAUAAAGUGAGAUGACGAUGCUGGCAAUGGUAAACCGAACCAUGUGUCAAGAAAGAUUUCCCUUGGAGGUCAGAGCUGGUGUCUAAAUCUUAAAGGAAAAUGGUUGAUGAGAAGGAACAGUUGCAUCCCACGGAAUUGACAAAGAUCCAAACUGUCCUUAACCUGAAGUAGCGAUGAGUUUGCUGAUAACGGAGAUCGUAACGCGCGAAGGACAAGAAGCGCAGGAGAGCCUUUAGACCUAUCCUGCACUGCUUCCCGAGGUACCAUGACAUAGAUUCCCCGCGGAUAUCGCACAGGAACAGAAGACGUAAGCCGCUUCUUCCGGGUAUCCACAGCACCCGCAUCCUCACCACCAUGCCACACACGCCAAGAAAAGCUCUCAAGGUUACCACAGAGAUUGACGUCCAUGCGGUGUCAUGCCCCGGGGUGUGGCUGCCGGGGCGGGGGCGCUGCUCCCUCUCCGUGUGUCUCCUUGGCUUCCACACGCGGACCAACAAGCUGCCGCCCGUCUUCCCGCUCCUCUACCACGAGAAGUUCAAGUUCGAAAGGACGUUCGUGGGCGUGACCAACCUGAGCGUGCUGGAGCGCGUGCUGGAGAGCGAGACGGUGUACCUGGAGCUGGUGCAGGAGGAGACGUCGGGGGAGUCGGUGCUGGCGGUGUUCGAGUCGUCCGUGCGCGACCUCCUGUUCCCGAGGCCGGCUGAGAGGCUGUCGUACUCGGGGGUCGACCUCGAUCUGCUCAUGGAACCCACCAGGGACUUCCCGGGAAUCAUUUCGCCGAAGAUCGAGGUGUCGACGAGGACGAGCGUGAGCGAGACCCGGACGCCCCUCCACCAGUGCGAGCAGGACACCGUCAGCUUCGGACACGCGCAGAACCGGGCGACGAAGGCGGUGUUCAGACCGAAAUCUCCUGACGAAGGAAGGAAGGGCGAGGGCGGUGGAUCGAGCGAGGGCGGCGGCGGCGGAGGAGGAGGAGGAGGAGGAGGAGGAGGGGCGUUGGUGCGGGGCGAGGAGGAGCCGCUGCCCCUGCAGACGAGCCCCAGGCACGGUGAGGCGUCCUGCUUGUCUCGCUUCUCUCCUUCUGCUUCCUUUUCUCUUCGCGUCCCGUCGAUUCCCGUGCGGAGGCUUCGUAAUGUUGGUCGCCGAAUGUGCGCUUACCGAGAUUCCGAGACUGCGUUUUAAGGAGCGUGAGAAGUGGC